AUGCUUGUUAAAGAGUUUGACGUUUCACCAGACGAUCGAUUCUACGUCCUGAAGUACCGUACCAAUGAUAAAGCCAGGUCUUUCGUAGCAAACCGAGUCCAAACGAUUACAGACACAACUGCACCCCAUGAAUGGCAUUACGUUGACUCAGCCUUGAAUCCUGUUGAUGAUGCGUCUCGUGGUUUAAAGAUGUCACGCUUCCUUGAGAACAAGCGGUGGAUUAAUGGACCAUCAUUCCUAUGGAAAGCAACGGAUGAAUGGCCUAAACGACCUGUUGAUGUAAGCGUUAAUACACUUGACGAUCCAGAAGUCGCCGUAAUAUCUGCUAAUUACCAUUCUAUCUGGUCAACACAAUGAGAUUCUGGAAUACUUCUCUCGUUUCUCUCAAUGGUAUCGACUAAAGAAAGCUAUAGCAUGGUUGUUAUGCAUUAAGCCAAGACGAGAUCGUAACCGACGGAAUCGUGGUGAUAGUUCCACGCAAGAUAUGACCCCCAAACCUGUCAUGGUCGAAGAAUUGGAAAAGGCAGAAGUUACAAUUGUGAAGAUUGUCCAAGCAGAACCCUUUCCUGACGAAAUUAGUGCGCUGAAAAGGGUCGAAGAUAGCAGCAAAGUCAACAAUAGAAGUCUUACUAAGCAAAAAAUGACAAACACUCAGAAAGCCAAGCUCAUUGUAUCGCCUGGAUCCUUUCCUUGGCUCCAAUGGUCUACUGCGUGUUGGAGGAAGAUUACGUAGGUGUGACGAGAUAACGACAGAAAUGAAGCAUCCCGUCAUAUUGCCGAAAAAUGGUCACGUUACAGAGCUGAUUAUUCGCCACAACCAUGAGAACGCUGCCCACGGCGGAAGAGGAUUUAAUCUCAACCAUUUAAGAGGCAGGUAUUGGAUCAUAAACGCCAAUUUCAGAGUCAGAAAUUACAUUUCGUGCCAGAACCGCCAAACAGAAGAUGGCUGAUUUGCCCAAGGACAGACUUGCUUCUGCGGCACCAUUUACAUACUGUGGAGUUGAUCUUUUUGCCCCUGUCUUAUCAAGGAUGGUCGGAAAGAAUUAAAACGCUAUGGUGUCCUAUUCACCUGCUUAAAUAGUCGAGCAAUUCACCUAGAAUCAGCCAACUGCUUGGAAACCGACUCAUUCCUGAAUGCACUCAGACGUUUUAUAGCUCGACGUGGUCCAGUGAGAGAAAUAAGAUCGGACCGAGCUGCCAACCUAAUAGGAGCUGCGAAAGACCUUAAAGACGCUCUCAAAGAAAUGGACAACGCGAAGAUAAACGAGUAUCUGUGCCGUCAUUCCGACGCUGAUUGGGUGGUCAGAUGGAAACCAAACCCCCCAGCGGCAUCACACAUGGGUGGUGUAUGGGAACGCCAGAUUCGUACAGUGCGUACAAUCCUUACAUCGUUAAUGAAAGAAUUUGGUCAUGUUCUUAAUGAUGAAUCUUUCCGAACAUUGUUAACAGAAGCCGAGUGUAUUGUCAACAGUAGACCACUGACAUUCCCUUCCAGCGAUCCAACCGAUUUAGGGAGUCCAAUUUCACCAAGUAACAUUUUGACGAUGAAAUCUAAGAUAGUUAUGCCACCUCCUGGAAACUUCCAGCGCGCCGACCUCUACCUUCGUAAGCGAUGGAAGCGAGUCCAGUAUCUGGUUGAAAUCUUCUGGACUCGAUGGAAAAGGGAAUACCUGAAUACACUUCAGAUGAGAAAGAAAUGGAACCGUCCCCAGCGCAGUUUUGAAAUCGGAGAUGUAGUUCCAGUACUCGACGAGAGAACAUCAAUCAACUUGUGGCCACUUGCUCGUUUUAUUGACAUUACUCCAGACUCAGUGAGUGCUGUUCGCUCCGUAAAGGCGAAGACUGCUACGUCAACCCUCGAACGUCCAAUUGUGAAACUAGUUAUUUUACUGGAAAACUCGUAA